UCAGCCCAAGAUGGCGGCGCCCGUGGGGCCGGUGAAGUUUUGGAGGCCGGGCACAGAAGGUCCUGGUGUCAGUAUCUCAGAGGAGAGGCAGAGUCCUGCUGAGAGUAGUGGUGUAACCGUCGUUUAUAAUCCUUAUGCUUCCCUUUCUAUUGAGCAACAAAGACAAAAGCUGCCUGUUUUUAAGCUAAGAAAUCACAUACUUUACCUAGUAGAAAACUAUCAAACUCUGGUGAUCGUUGGGGAAACAGGAUGUGGGAAAUCAACCCAAAUUCCGCAGUAUCUAGCUGAAGCUGGCUGGACAGCUGAAGGAAGAGUUGUUGGGGUGACACAGCCUCGUCGAGUUGCUGCUGUUUCAGUUGCAGGCCGAGUUGCUGAUGAAAGAGGUGCAGUGUUGGGUCAUGAAGUUGGUUACUGUAUUCGGUUUGAUGACUGCACAGAUCCACAGGCUACACGAAUUAAGUUUUUAACUGAUGGUAUGCUGGUGAGGGAGAUGAUGGCUGAUCCAUUAUUAACAAGAUACAGUGUCCUCAUGCUGGAUGAAGCCCAUGAAAGGACUCUUUAUACAGAUAUUGCCAUUGGCUUAUUAAAAAAGAUUCAAAAGAAGCGUGGGGAUCUUCGACUGAUUGUGGCUUCAGCCACUUUGGAUGCAGAGAAAUUCAGAGAUUUCUUUAAUCAAAAUGAGACCAAUGAUCCCAGCAAAGAUACCAGUGUGAUCCUUACUGUGGAAGGGAGAACGUUUCCAGUGGAUAUCUUUUACGUACAGAGCCCUGUUCCAGAUUACAUAAAAUCAACUGUGGAAACUGCAAUGAAAAUUCACCAGACAGAAAAUGAUGGUGACAUACUGGCAUUUUUAACUGGCCAGGAGGAAGUGGAAGCAGUUGUUUCUAUGCUAAUAGAACAGGCUCGGGCCCUUUCUCGCACUGGAAUGAAAAAACACCUCCGUGUUCUCCCUAUGUACGCUGGGCUGCCUUCUUCUGAGCAAAUGAAAGUAUUUGAGAGAGUUUCUCGCAGUGUUAGAAAGGUGAUCGUAGCUACCAACAUUGCUGAGACCUCUAUCACAAUUCAUGGAAUUACAUUUGUAAUUGACUGUGGUUUUGUGAAGCUUCGGGCCUAUAAUCCAAAAACAGCCAUUGAGUGCCUUGUGGUAGUACCAGUAUCUAAAGCUUCGGCUAAUCAGAGAGCAGGGCGUGCAGGCCGGAACCGUUCUGGAAAAUGUUACAGACUUUAUACAGAAGAAGACUUUGAGAAGUUGCAGCAGUCCACUGUUCCGGAGAUGCAACGCAGUAACCUCGCUCCUGUCAUCUUGCAGCUGAAGGCUUUGGGAAUUGACAAUGUGCUCAGGUUCUCCUUUCUUUCGCCGCCUCCUGCCCAGUCCAUGGUGCAAGCUUUAGAAUUGCUGUAUGCUUUAGGAGGUCUGGAUAUACACUGUCGUUUAACAGAGCCUCUUGGAAUGAGAAUAGCAGAAUUUCCAUUGAAUCCUAUGUUUGCAAAGAUGCUUCUGGAAUCAGGAAAUUUUGGCUGCUCCCAGGAGAUUUUGACCAUUGCUGCCAUGAUGCAGAUUCAAAACAUCUUUUUGAUUCCCCCAAAUCAAAAAUUGCAAGCUGCCAGGCAGCACAGAAAGUUUGCUGUGGAAGAAGGUGAUCAUCUCACUAUGCUUAAUGUUUAUGAAGCCUUUGUCAAACACAGCAAGAGCUCUCAGUGGUGUCAGGAACACUUCCUGAACUACAAAGGCCUUGUUAGAGCUUCUGUUGUAAGAGAACAACUGAAAAAGCUUCUUGCCCGCUUUAAAGUACCAAACUCGUCCAGUGAAGGUGAUCCAGAUCCAGUUUUGAAGUGUAUAGUUUCUGGAUUCUUUGCUAACGCAGCUAAAUUCCACUCUACUGGAGCUUACAAGACUAUACGUGAUGACCAUGAACUUCAUAUUCAUCCCACUUCAGUGUUGUAUGCAGAGAAACCUCCACGCUGGGUAGUCUACAAUGAAGUGAUACAGACAGCCAAAUACUACAUGAGAGACGUGACUGCCAUUGAGUCUGCAUGGCUCUUGGAAUUGGCACCUCAUUUUUAUCAGCAAGGAACGCAUCUCUCCUUGAAAGCAAAAAGGGUCAAAGUAGAUGAUCACUGAUUUGACAUGACUUCAGUCUUGUGACAUCAGAUGCAGAAUCUACCUGAUUCGAAGCCGGCUACAGUCUGUUCAGCAGUCAGUACGUAGCAAUUUGACCUUAAAUCGACUUAAAUGUUUAAAUGCCUGUCAGGAUCUAUGGAGGUUUAUGCGUGACCAGUACAUUGUAAACCUGUAAACCAGUGCAGAGCUCGCACUGUGGAUACUCUGUUCCUUGCCUGAUUGACCACCAUUGUUAAUCUGGGCAUGUUGCACCUUUUAAAUAAGAAGACAGAUGAUUUAAAAAAAGUCCUGAGAACACACAGGACUGCAAAGAACUAAAACCUUGAAGAGAGAAACUGAGUUCCUGGAGUGGUAAGAUUGCCUUAGGAGAGCAGAGAGUAGGGUGCCCUGCCUUCUAUUACCUGGAGCACUGUGACUACUACUGGCCAAACUGAGAUUGACUCCUGAGAGGAGGUUGCUCAGGGCAAUGAACUAGCCCUUGAAAUGCAAAGAGCUGCCAUGGAAACACUGCUUUCACGUGUUUGACUGUCCCAAACUGGUUGCAACUUGUGCUUCCAAGCAGUGACAGUCUCCUGUUUGUAUCAGAGCUGCCCCCAGUUGCCUAUGCUAAACAGUCGUUCUGUGUAAGUAGCACUGUAUUUAAAAAUGUGGUUUCCAUGCAUGAAUUUUGCUGCUUGGGGAGAAGGAAUAGCUCAGCCUUUUUGAGAAGAUCUUUACCUUUUUCUCAAUCUGGAGACUAAUAUAUAUAUGUUCAUAGUUAUUCAAGUUCACAGGUGAGGCUUUAUUUUUUUCCCCCCCUCUAAUAAGAGAAAGGAUGUUAGCCUGUCACCACCUGGAAAUCCCAGAGAAUUGCAGCGGAGGUAUAUCAUGGAACAUUGUUUUUAGCAUAUGUCAUUCAGGAAAGAUGAAAAUGUUCUGCACUUUCCUAAUAAGGAACACAGUCUUACAUAUUUUCUUUAAGUAUCUGUUCUUUGCUGCUUGGGACUUGUCAUUUUACUGCAAGAGAAGGAUGCUCCAAACUGUUGCUACUUUUCCAUAAGGACUUUUAACUUUUUUGUGUAUAAAUGAGGUAGCUGGCAUAUAUGUAUUUAUUUAUUUUUUCCUACUUUUUUGAUAUUUAAUUUAGAAACAUGUUGUCUGGAAGUUUUAUUUUUGUAAGGCAGUUGACUUAGUGGAUGCAUUUCUGGCAUGUUAACCACAAUUUUAUUUUCAUUUUUUAAAAAUUUGUAAAUAUUGAAAAUUUCUACAUAGAAUGAAUGUCUUCCUUUUCUCUGGAUUACCUUUGAAAAUAUUCUCGAUCUUCUUUACCUUUUCCCUUUCAAACACCUGCAGAGAGAACAUGUUCUGUCACAUGCAAUGUAUGCUCUAUGUACUGCUUACCAGCACAGAAAGAUGUUCCAGUCUCAAUAUACGGCACCAGCAGCAUGACAAACCAUGUCACCUCCUUUGUUUUCCCUGUGAGCUUCAUCUUCUCUUUCCUACUCUCUUAGAAUGGAAGCUCUUUGGGGCAGGGAUUGUUUCCUAGCCAGAGCCAAGAGCAUCAUUGGCACUUGCUAAAAAGAUUCAGCAUGCUUUUUUUUUUUUUUUUUUCCCUAAAGAAUCAGAGGAAGAACUGAAUAUAAAGACUUGUAAAAUGUCUGUAUUUCUGUCUUCUAGAAAUAUUCUUUAAAAAAAUAAACUA